AUGCCGAGAGCUUGGUCAGCAACCCCUGAAUUUCUUGUGUAUUUGAAUGAUCUUCAUGCAAUUGAUUUCAACAGAGUGUUCAAGUGUUUGCCAGAUUUCAACAAGAGAUGCGGAACAGCAUGGGCCUAUUAUAUUUGCGGUGUUCCUGGGUCUUUCUAUGGGCGGAUUUUUCCAACACAAAGCCUGCAUUUUGUGCACUGUUCUUCUAGCCUCCAUUGGCUUUCCCAGGGGCUGAUCGAAGAGAAAAAGUUUGAUACGUACAAUAUGCCAUACUAUGAGCCAUACACAGAAGACGUAAAAGCAGAGAUAAGAAGGAAGGAUCCUUCAUCCUUGAUCAUCUGA